AGAUGUUGUUCUGCAGCCGACGGGGAGGUUUCCUGACUUCCUGUUGGACCGUGAAGCAUCCGAGGAAACUGAUUUCUACCGGAGUCAGUGAACGCACCACUGAAGCAGCUGUUUGUUUGUUUAUUUGUUUGUUUUGACGAUGGAGCUGAAGGAUUUCUGUCUGACAGGCGACUAUCACUUCAUCAGUCCACAGCGCCUCCUGGACUCCUCCUCUUCCUCCUCCUCCUCCUCCUCCUCUUCCUCCCCCACUGAUGAAGCUCCGUCUCCAGCCUCCCUCCUCCAGUCGUCCCCCCUCAGUCCCGGCUUCCCCCUCGACUCCUCGGCUCUCAGUCCGUCUCCUCCGGCCUUCCUCCUGCCCAGCCCGGCCUCCUCCUCUUCCUCCUCCUCCUCCUCCUCCUCCUCCUCCUCCUCCUCUUCCUCCUACAGCCUCCUCUGUGGAGCUCCAGAACCAGAUUCUCCCACCGGAUCCAGCAGCAGCAUCGGAGGAGCUUCGGUGUCGGACGCUUCGGCCUGUUUCUCCGCCACGGAUUCCUUCUCAGCUCAGGUGGACUCCAUCCUCAGAGGCGACUAUCUGACCCCGAUGGCUGCCGUUGGUCCUAAGAGGUUGUGUUUGGUUUGUGGAGACUUUGCGUCGGGUUUUCACUACGGAGUGGCGUCCUGCGAGGCCUGCAAGGCCUUCUUCAAGAGAACCAUCCAAGGUAACAUCGAGUACAGCUGUCCAGUGAUGAACGAGUGCGAGAUCACCAAGCGGAGGAGGAAAGCCUGCCAGGCCUGUCGCUUCCAGAAGUGUCUUCAGGCCGGGAUGAUGCGGGAAGGUGUUCGUAUGGACCGAGUCAGAGGAGGUCGGCAGAAGUACAAGAGGCGGGUGGAGAGUGGACUGAGUUUCUACAGUAAAACGCUGUACAGUCACCCAGUCAGCAGAAACAAGGUGAUCUCCCACCUGCUGCUCACAGAGCCCGCGCCCCUGGCCGCCAAUCAGGACGACUCGACCAAUGACAGCAGCCUGAGGACCCUGCUGACCCUCUGUGACCUCCUGAACCGGGAGCUGCUGGUUCUGAUUGGCUGGGCCAAACAGAUCCCAGGUUUCUCUGGAUUGUCAUUGGUCGACCAGAUGUCGCUGCUGCAGAGUGGCUGGAUGGAGGCGCUGCUGGUGGGCGUGGCCUGGCGCUCUCAGGGGGCGCCGAGGGAGGAGCUUGUUUUCGCCGGGAACCUGCGGCUGGACGAGGCUCAGUGUCGAGCCACUGGAUUGGCCGACUUGUACGAGGCGCUGCGUCACCUGACGGCUAAAUACGAGGCGAUGAAGCUGAGUCCUGAGGAGGUGGUGACACUGAAGGCCAUGGCGCUAGCUAACUCUGACGCCGACCCGGUGGACUGUCCGGACUCGGUGCAGCGGUUCCAGGACGGACUCCACGAGGCCCUGCAGGACCUGGAGGCGACCCGGCGGGACCAGAACCGGGCCGGCCGGAUCCUCAUGAGCCUCCCGCUGCUGCGACAGACGGCCGACCGAGCCGUGCAGAACUUCCUGCGGCUGCAUCGAGGCCGACGCGUGGCGCUGCACAAGCUGCUGCUGGAGAUGCUCGACGCCAAGGCCUGACCCUGUUACCACGGCAACAGAGGAGACUGUAAAACCAUCACCGUCACACAAACUGGACAUAAAAAUCACUCUGAGCUGAAAAUGAAGAAGAAAAACACAGAUUCUGGCAGAAAUGAGCUUCAGAAGAAACUAGAAAACCUCCAAAGUGUUUAAUAUCUCAGAAAAUACGACAUUUAGUUUAAUUAAUUCACUUUUUUUUUUUUUACACAAAACUGUUAAAUGUUAAAAUAAUUUUAUAACUUAAUUAAAUGCUUUCAGAAAAAUGAAAUAAACAGCAUUAUUUCUGCUCAAGUUAUCAGAAAAAUAAAAGUUUCAAGAAUUAGGAUGCCACUGUCCUCCCUGUAAAAAUACAUUUAAAACGUUAAAUUAAGGUUUUCUCAUUUUUUCAGCAUUAGUUGAAAGAAAGCUUGUUUAAGUAAGAAUAAAAAGCUGAAGUUUUGCUUUGUGAAGCAGAUUUCUGCCAAAAAAAAAAUCCUCCUCAGACGGUUUUCUUCUUCAUUUUUAAGACUCAGUUUGAGUUUUUACGACAAACAUCGAUCAGAUAUCAGAUCUCUGAAAACACUUAGUGACUUAAAGACUGUAAAAUGCCAGACUGUGAUUGGAUACUCACUGCUCAGGGGGCAGGGCUUAGGGAAGUUUAACUCAUUACAUCAUCAUCGUCGGGACUCUUUCUCUCGUCAAAACUUGCAUCUUAUUUUUCUAAUGAAUCUAUUUUUGUGUGAACUCACCUGAAUAUGGGCUGGUUACCGUAGCAACAGCAUUAUUUAUUUAUUUUUUGUCGACUAGAAGAAGAUCCUGUAGCUGCUCCGGUUCAAUAAACGCUUUUGGAAUAAAAACAAAAA